AUGGAACCUAGUUCCGAACGCGACCCUGACGGGCACGCUCAGGUCCACCCUGUUGUUCGCGAAGCUCUCCGCAUUUCCCUCAGCGCCAAGGAAUACAAGAUCCUCCACGACCAUGCUGUUCGGCGCGCCCCCGUGAAGGUUCAAUCCAAAUUGCCCUCUCCAUCGAGAUAUGAAGCGAUAGUGCGCUCAAAAAAUAAAUACAAUGAGGCAGCUCUCCGCGCCUCUAUCCGAGUCUUCCUUGUCUCAGGCGCUUUAUUUAAAUUCGUUGAUUGGGCACUUGCAAGAAUCCGAGGUGAUUUGUCCAAGAAGAAAGCACAAACUUCUUUUCUCCGCUCCCCCAACUUCCGCCUGUCGGCGUCCCUUUCGCUCGUCCUUCUUUUCCACAGACUUCUGCAUCGCUUCUUCACCCGGCUACGCGCGAACCUCCGCACAGAUGAAGCCCAGCCCUUCCGUAAUCGGAACCCCCGAGUGUCAAAAGCGUUGACAUCACGCUAUGCGCCUGCUGUUGGGGCUAGUCUGGCCCUUUUUGGCCUGGGCAUAUGCCCUCAGAAUCAGCUACGGCUGACAGCCGCAAUUUGGAUGGCUACUCGGAGCUUGGAAUUUCUUUUCAACGCCAUUGAUGAAAAAGGAUGGCUUGAGAACAGGCCUGCGUGGUUUGGAAGUUGGUUGCUGAUGCCCCUGUCAUGCGCACAACUAUUCCAUGCGUUCAUCUUCGAUCGGGAAGCUACACCUAAGGUUACAUCCCCGAUCGCCCUGAAAGUUUGCCUGCGGAGUUUUCUUGGCCAGGAAAGGAGGACGUGGUUGAUUCGCUCGCAACUAUCGCCAAUCUGCGCUGGCCCUGUCAAGUCUAUUUCACCAAUUACUGGGCCUGCUCAUCCGUCUAUUUCAGGCUUAUCUUGCGCAUUGCUCCAUUCAAGCAGCCCCAGCUGUAGUACGGCCUUCUUGCACAACAUUCUCCUCUCAGUCCCUCGUCUGGCCCGAUUUGUAACAACCGUUACAUUAGCACUCUCUGUGCUCAAGUUCAAAAAGCUGAUGGCCAAUCCCAUCACCUCGAUCAAUAAUCUUUCGAAGAAAAUCAUCACACUGACUGCUGUCCUCUCUGCGUCUGUCGGUUCCGCGUGGGGCAGUAUUUGUCUCUGGAACUCACUUUUCCCGCGCUCUGUCCUGCCUACGAAACGCUUCUUCCUGAGCGGUGCACUUGCAGGUAUGCCAUUUGCGUUCCUUGCGAAUAGCCGGAGCGUUUUUACGUACUUUUUUCGAGCCGCCGUGGAUUCGGCAUGGAAGACGGGCGUUAAGCGGGGGCUAUGGAAAGGAUGGAAGGGCGGGGACCUGUUCAUCCUUGUCCUUUCCUGGGCACUGAUGAACUCCAUCUUGGAGAGUAGACCAAACGCGGUUCAAGGCCGAGGGGUGCGCAAGGCGCUAGCAUGGAUGAAUGGUGAAGGUUUUGUGGACCCGGUUGAGGCUGCAGCAAAGAGGAAGCUGAAGAAAACCAAGAAGGCUGAGACUGAGCAUUAA